AUGAUUACCGCAAUAUAACCUCCCUUUUUUUGGGUUCGAAUUUCAUUCAUAAAACUUCGUCUUUAACAAUUUAAUUAUGUGUACAUGUGUUUAUCAACUGUUUUAUUUUUAUGAAAGAUGAAUUGUGUUAUGGAACUGAUGAGGAAUAAAUCAGGGAGAAAAUUGAAAAAAUGUUCUUUUCCCUUGAGGAAUUAUUGACGUGGCUGGGGCUGAGCCUUUUCGAACUCUGGCUCAAUCUGGUCAGCUUGUGCCUCUUCUCGAUUCUCCUUGCGCUUCCAAGUUCCAUUCUCGAAUCGUGGUGGGUCGUCUUUUCACCCCUUUUUAUCGCAGAUGCUCUCAACGCUUACUUCUCAAUAAUCGUGCUUAUCCGGAUGUACUUGGAGGCAUUGUACAAGGUUGCUGUUCUAAGGGGUUUGUGGUCGUUCUGCUUUAUAUUCGCCCUGUUCACAUUCGAACUGCUUCUGUGUAAAAAAUUAUCUGGAGAGACUUCAUUGGAGUUUUCCGAAGUCCUGUCACCAGUGUUCAUCCUCUUGCAGCUCAUGGCUGUAAGGGCGUGUCAGCUCCACUAAAAUCCUCCAAAGGAAUUUUUUAAAUAAAAAUGCUGUACAGUUGUAAAUAAAUUAUAAU